AUGAGAUCGGAGAAAUCCCUUGGUCUGGCGGCCGCGGGGGACGUCCGUGGGCCGGAGGGGGAGCAGCAGGGUGCGGGGGACCUCCCGGAGGCCGGCGGAGGCGGGGGCUGCUGCAGCAGCGAGCGGCUGGUGAUCAACAUCUCCGGGCUGCGCUUCGAGACGCAGCUGCGCACCCUGGCGCUGUUCCCCGACACGCUGCUGGGGGACCCGGGCCGCCGCGUCCGCUUCUUCGACCCCCUGCGGAACGAGUACUUCUUCGACCGCCACCGGCCCAGCUUCGACGCCAUCCUCUACUACUACCAGUCGGGGGGCCGCCUGCGCAGGCCGGUCAGCGUGCCCCUGGACGUGUUCCUGGACGAGAUCCGCUUCUACCAGCUGGGCGACGAGGCCCUGGCGGCCUUCCGCGAGGACGAGGGCUGCCUGCCCGAAGGCGGUGAGGACGAGAAGCCGCUGCCUCCCCAGCCCUUCCAGCGCCAGGUGUGGCUGCUCUUCGAGUACCCCGAGAGCUCGGGGCCCGCCCGGGGCAUCGCCAUCGUCUCGGUCCUGGUCAUCCUCGUCUCCAUCGUCAUCUUUUGCCUGGAGACCCUGCCCCAGUUCCGUGCAGACGGUCGAGGUGGAAGCACCGGCGGUGGUGCGGGCCGGGUCGCCCCGGUCUCCAGGGGCGGUCAGGAGCAGGAGGAGGAUCGAGACGAUUCCUACGCCUUUCAUCCUGCCUUCAGCCCUGGGGGGACGGGAGCGGGGGGCUCAGCCUCCCCCGGUACUCUUGGGGGCUCCUUCUUCACAGACCCCUUCUUUCUGGUGGAGACGCUGUGCAUCGUCUGGUUCACUUUUGAGCUCCUGGUGCGCUUCUCCGCCUGCCCCAGCAAGCCAGCUUUCUUCCGCAACAUCAUGAACAUCAUUGACUUGGUGGCCAUCUUCCCCUACUUCAUCACCCUGGGGACCGAGCUGGUGCAGCAACAGGAGCAGCAGCCUGCAAGUGGAGGGGGCGGCCAGAACGGGCAGCAGGCCAUGUCCCUGGCCAUCCUCAGAGUGAUCCGCCUGGUCCGGGUGUUCCGCAUCUUCAAGCUCUCCCGCCACUCCAAGGGGCUGCAGAUCCUGGGCAAGACCUUGCAGGCCUCCAUGCGGGAGCUGGGGCUGCUCAUCUUCUUCCUCUUCAUCGGAGUCAUCCUCUUCUCCAGCGCCGUCUACUUCGCGGAGGCUGAUGAUGAUGAUUCACUCUUUCCCAGCAUCCCGGAUGCCUUCUGGUGGGCAGUGGUUACAAUGACCACAGUAGGUUACGGGGACAUGUAUCCCAUGACUGUGGGGGGCAAGAUCGUGGGCUCGCUGUGUGCCAUCGCUGGGGUCCUCACCAUUGCCCUGCCCGUGCCCGUCAUCGUCUCCAACUUCAACUACUUCUACCACCGGGAGACGGAGCAGGAGGAGCAAGGCCAAUAUACUCACGUUACUUGUGGGCAGCCUGCACCAGACCUGAAGGCAACCGACAAUGGACUGGGCAAGCCUGACUUCUCCGAGGCCGCCCGGGAACGGAGACCCAGCUACCUUCCCACUCCCCACCGGGCGUAUGCAGAAAAGAGGAUGCUCACCGAGGUCUGA